AUGGCGCUCGCGAGCUUCAUCCAGCGCCGCAUGGAGGAGGAAGGCCGGAACUACUACGAAGUCCUCGACUGGUUCGAGACCCCGACUCCGCCUCACCGCAUGAUCUUCGACGUCGAGCGCUGCCUGAUGCACUUCCGCUUCAGCACACUCGAGCCGCAGUUGAGCACCGUCUCCUGGCUGAAAAACCGCCAGGGCGUGCGCGUGGACGUCCGCGAGGUGAACGGCGAAAUCAUCGCGAGAAAAACCGCGAUUGCCAGCGGAUGCGGCGCCAUGAAAGUCGAAGACAUCGAAGUCGCCCAGAAAGCUCUCGAGGACGGAUCCUACAAACUCCUCGUCCUCUUUAAACCAGUGGACCAACACGAAAACCGCUUCAACGACACCGUCACCAUCCCCAGAGAACGCGACAUCCGCCCAGCGAGAAACUACGACUACUACAACGAAGAGCAACUCGACUUCAUCGACUACUUCCCAGAUCACAAAGUUAUCCCCCUCGACGUCAUGGGCCGCCUCAGAAUGGAGUGA